CGCGUAUUCAUUUUCAUAGACCUUCUUCGAUUACAUACACAACAUCCGUUAACCUAAGAAGCUAUACGGAAGUAAAGCUGACGAUCUGCUGGGUUUGGCGAGUCUGAUCGCAUGGUCUUGCCUCUUUCCUGUACCAUUCUCGAGUCUUGAGCAUUUUGUUACAGUACUUCAAGGCGGACUUCUCCACUGGCUGGUUGAAUCGUUAAAGAUCUAAAUUGAACUAUCCGAGCGAUUGGACCAUUUUGCUUCCUGCAGAAGUGUCAGAACAGCAAUCAUGGGGGACGCCGGUGGUGAGCAGAGAGGCAUUCGAAUCGCCAUAGACCGUGGUGGCACAUUUACCGACUGUGUCGGAAACCCUGGUUCGGGCCUUAUGGAAGACGAUGUUAUCAUCAAGUUGUUAUCGGAAGAUCCAUCCAACUACAAGGAUGCGCCCCUGGAGGGUAUUCGACGACUUAUGGAGAAAUUCACUGGCAACGAGAUACCCCGAGGACAGCCGCUCGAUACUUCGAAGAUUGAGAGCAUCCGGAUGGGUACCACAGUGGCCACGAAUGCCUUGCUAGAGCGCAAGGGAGAGAAAGUGGCCAUGGUCGUCACCAGUGGCUUCAAGGACUGCCUGGAGAUUGGCAACCAGUCUCGCCCAAAGAUCUUCGACCUGGCUAUUCGCAGACCAGAUGUGCUGUAUCAGAAAGUUGUCGAGGUUGACGAACGUGUGACACUUGAAGACUAUGCAGAAGACCCGCACCGGAACAAAACCAAAGCGGAGGCCAAGCAUGAGGAUUAUAAGAGCAAGGAUCUUGUCCAGGGUCUUUCAGGCGAGGCUGUUCGCAUAUUGAAGCGACCAGAAGAGGACAAGAUCAAGGAGUCACUCAAAGGGCUUUACGAGGACGGUUUCCGCAGUAUCGCGGUAUGCUUGAUGCACGCCUACACGUUUCCCGACCACGAAGCAUUGGUAGGGAAGCUGGCCAAGGACAUCGGGUUUCAGCAUGUGAGCCUGAGCCACGAAUUAAUGCCUAUGAUCAAGCUCGUACCAAGAGCAACUUCGGCGUGUGCAGAUGCUUACCUCACUCCGGCCAUCAAGAAGUACAUCUCUGGGUUUCAGGCCGGAUUUGAAGGUGGUUUGGGAACCGAGAGCGUCAAGAAGGAGGAAGGUAGUAAAGGUGCAAGAUGUGAAUUCAUGCAAUCAGACGGCGGCCUUGUGGAUGUGGACCAGUUCUCAGGCUUACGUGCAAUCUUGUCCGGCCCAGCCGGUGGUGUCGUGGGCUAUGCUCUGACUUCUUACGACCCGGAGACGAAGACGCCUGUUAUCGGAUUCGACAUGGGCGGCACAAGUACAGACGUGAGUAGAUACGGCCAAGGAAGAUAUGAGCACGUCUUUGAGACCACAACAGCUGGUGUUACGAUUCAGUCGCCGCAACUAGACAUCAACACGGUUGCUGCAGGCGGAGGAUCUCGCUUGUUCUUCAAGAACGGUCUGUUUGUUGUCGGGCCGGAGUCUGCAGGUGCACAUCCUGGACCAGCAUGCUAUAGAAAGGGAGGCCCACUCACUGUCACUGACGCCAAUCUCUUCCUCGGUCGACUUCUUCCAGACUUCUUCCCAAAGAUCUUUGGGAAGAACGAGGACGAAGGACUCGACCCAGAAGCAAGCAAGAAGCUUUUCGAAGAACUUACAGAAAAGAUCAACAGCGAGACGGGCAAGAACAUGACAGCAGAUGAGGUCGCCUUCGGUUUCAUCAAGAUCGCCAACGAGACCAUGACCCGCCCAAUCCGAUCAUUAACGGAAGCCAAGGGCCACGAUACAGCACAACAUCGCCUCGCCACGUUCGGUGGAGCAGGUGGCCAACACGCCGUAGCCAUUGCCGAAUCACUAGGGGUAAGGCAGAUCCUGGUUCACCGUUACUCCUCUGUCCUCUCAGCAUAUGGCAUGGCCCUCGCAGAUGUCGUUGACGAGAGUCAAGUCCCCGAGUCUCACGUCUGGAACACCAACGGCGAAUCUCGAGACGGUCUGAAGUCGAAGAUGAAUGAAUUGAAAGAGCGAUCACGCAAACGGCUCACAGUCCAAGGUUUCUCCGAUGACUCGAUCGAGUAUGAGGAGUACCUCAAUAUGCGCUACCGCGGCACAGAAUCUGCGUUAAUGGUCAUCAAGCCAUCAGAGGAAGAUGCCAAGGAACACUACAAAAGCGACGACUGGGCCUUUGGCGAGGCCUUUGUCCGCCAACACGAGCAGGAAUUUGGCUUCACAUUGCCCGAUCGAGACAUAAUCAUCGACGAUGUCCGCGUGCGUGGAAUCGGCAAGUCCUUCCGCGGCAUGUCCAAGACCGCCGACCAACAGCUCAAAGAGAUCAAGCCCAAGAAUGUGGCCACGGACCAAGCCUACUCGACAGCCCAAGUGUACUUUGACGGUGGCCGCCAGGACACCAAGAUCUACAAGCUGGAAGAUCUAGAAGUCGGUACGCGUGUCGCCGGCCCGGCCAUCAUCGCCGACGGCACGCAGACCAUCGUUGUGACACCCGAUGCGUCGGCCUUGGUAAUCGAGACACACGUCGUGAUCAACAUCGGCGAAGAAGGCUCCGGCAAAAAGGCCAACGCCAAAGAAGUCGACCCCAUUCUCCUCUCGAUCUUCGCGCACCGCUUCAUGGCCAUCGCCGAGCAAAUGGGCCGCGCAUUGCAAAAGACUUCGGUCUCGACCAAUGUCAAAGAACGUCUAGACUAUUCGUGCGCCCUGUUCGACGACAAGGGUGGGCUCGUCGCCAAUGCGCCCCAUCUCCCCGUCCACCUGGGCAGUAUGUCCACCUGCGUACGCACCCAAGCGGAGAUAUGGAAAGGUAAACUGAAGAAGGGAGACGUGAUAGUCUCUAAUCACCCUGAGUACGGCGGUACACACUUGCCCGACAUCACUGUCGUGACGCCAGCAUUCUCUCCCAAAGGCGAGAUCAUAUUCUACGUGGCGUCAAGAGCCCAUCACGCUGAUAUCGGCGGCAUCCUGCCUGGAUCUAUGCCUCCACACUCACGUGAACUCUAUCAGGAAGGCGCGGCCAUCAAGUCCGAGAAGCUGGUGUCCGAGGGUAAAUUCGACGAGAAGCGCAUCACGGAGCUUCUGUACGAUGAGCCCGCGCAGUAUCCCGACUGCAGCGGUACACGUUGUCUGGCUGACAACCUGAAUGAUCUGAAGGCACAGAUUGCUGCGAAUCAGAAAGGCAUCAACCUGAUCAGCACUCUUAUCGAGGACUAUGGAGAGGACGUGGUACAGUUCUACAUGCGCAACAUUCAGGACAAUGCGGAGCAGUCAGUACGGACUUUGCUCAAGGAGGUGAGCAAGCGGUUCGAAGGUCAGGAUCUUCAGGCCGUAGAUUACAUGGACGACGGCAGCCCUAUAUCUCUUCGCAUCACAAUCGAUGGCGAAAAGGGUGAGGCUGUGUUCGAUUUCGAGGGUACUGGUCCAGAGGUCUAUGGCAAUAUCAACGCCCCGGAAGCUGUCACCUAUUCGGCCAUCAUUUAUUGCUUGAGGUGUCUGGUCGACCAGGAUAUCCCGCUGAAUCAAGGAUGUCUGAAACCAGUCGACGUUCGAAUCCCACCUGGAUGCUUCCUGAGUCCGAGCGAGAAAGCUGCUGUGGUCGGUGGCAAUGUCUUGACCAGUCAGCGUGUCACAGACGUUGUCUUCAAAUGUUUCGAGGCGUGCGCAGCAAGUCAAGGCGACUGCAACAACUUGACGUUUGGUUAUGGCGGAAACUUGAAAUCUGGUAAGGAAGAGAAAGGCUUUGGGUACUAUGAGACCAUUGCUGGUGGUAGUGGUGCUGGCAAAGAUUGGGAGGGCACUAGUGGUGUGCACACCCAUAUGACCAACACCAGAAUCACUGAUGCCGAGGUGUUUGAAAGAAGAUACCCUGUCAUCCUGAGAGAAUUCAGCUUGCGGCCUGGAAGUGGUGGCGUUGGACAGCACAAGGGAGGAGACGGUGUCAUUCGAGACAUUGAAUUCCGGAUCCCCGUCCAAGUCAGCAUCCUCAGUGAAAGGAGAGUAUACCGGCCGUACGGAUUACACGGCGGAGGCGAUGCUCAGUGCGGUAAGAACAUCUGGGUGAGAAAGAUCAAGAAAGUGAAGAGCCAGGGAUCUGGUGGCGAGCAUGAAGGCAAGCGCAGAGAGGAUGGUGAGGCCGAAGAAUAUCAGUACAGGCACAUCAGCAUGGGUGCAAAGAACACCGCUGCUAUGCAGCCUGGUGAGAGGAUCAUUGUGAUGACACCAGGUGGUGGUGGUUAUGGUAAAGCUGGUGAGAAGUCGAAGGUGGAACUCAAAGAAGAUUAUGAGAAGCACUGGAAGAAGGGCAGUUUGGCUUCCAGACUUGCUGACUGGGAGAGCAGCUCCUGA